CGUACACAAUGUUAAAAUCUCAAAUCUGCCCCUACACCAUCACUAUUCGUAUUUAAACCCACAACUUUUUCCUUCUGUUCCUCACUCUAGUGCCUUUUCAUUUCCGUAUCGCUCUCUCUAGUUUCUGCUCUUUCUCGCUCUAUACAUACGAAAACAAUACAGAUUCAUCACUCCUCUCUUCAGAAAGUUACAGCAUUCAUUCCGGAGGAGUAGCAGGAAGCAAAAAUGGUGUGGACAAGGCGCAGUGGAUCCCUUCCGCCCAGCAACAACAAGAGAUCAUCUUCGCCGUCUGACGACAAUCACAAUGGACCGCCUUCUCCCAAGCGGCAAAAGGGCGAGAGUUGUGAUGUCAGUGGUAGCAGCAGUAAUCCCAAGGCGUCGGAGCCUUCGCCGGCGGAGAAUCCCAAGGAUUUAAACUCAGCUGAUCCGCCUGCGUUGCCUGCCGCUCCCACCGCUCCGGCCGAUACUCCUGCCGCCACCGCCACCGCCACCGCCUCCGCGUCUGUUGCUACGCCAGUGGUUGCAGAAGCUGCGGCGGACAAGCCGAGUAGUUCUCUUCCGCCAUGGAAACAGUACCUGGGUUUUGAAACGAACUGUGCUUGGUGUAGGCUGAUUACAGAAUCCCCAAAGUGCUCGACUAUUUCCGUUUACACUACUAUUUUCUUGGUGGGUUCAAGCAAGCAAUCUCAUUUACCGAUCCGGGAUCAGCCUGUUAGCUCGAUCUUGUGUUCGAUAAGGCUUAUUCAGCGGGAAAAUAAGCCUGUGGCGGUCCUUGAAAGUCGUGGGAGCAAAGGAUGUGUUCAAGUGAAUGGAAAAGCAAUCAAGAAGGAUACUAGCUGUGAUCUGAAUUCUGGGGAUGAAGUGGUUUUUGGCAUUCUUGGAAGUCACACAUAUAUUUUUCAGCAGCUAACUUAUGAUAGGAUAAUCAAGAGCUCCUCAUCAGAUGUUCAGACUAACAUGGGAAAGUUGACUCAUGUAGAGAAACGAGCAGGAGAUGCAUCAGCUGUAGCUGGUGCUUCAAUUUUGGCAUCACUUUCAAACCUGCGGCAAGAUUUACCAUCUCGCAAGGCUACUUCUCAGAACAAUGCUAACAAUUUAGGAAGUGAAACUGCUACCGAUGUUGGAGCGUCCAACAAGACACUCCCUCUUGAAGGAAACAUGGAUUGUGUCGCCUCACAGGAGGAAAGAGAUUGGAUUAAAGAGCCACUCCCAGCUCCUGUAACUGGGCUAUGUUCACGAACCUCAGCAUUUAGAGAAGGGAUACUUGCAGCGAUUCUUGACGGGAACGAUGUAGAUGUUUCAUUUGAAAAUUUCCCAUACUAUUUGAGUGAGAGCACAAAAAAUGUGCUGGUUGCGGCGGCAUAUAUACAGCUAAAGUUGAAGGAACAAGCUAAUUUUACAUUUGAGCUUCCUACUCUAAAUCCACGUAUUCUGCUUUAUGGCCCUGCAGGGUCUGAGAUUUAUCAGGAGAUGUUGGCAAAGGCACUUGCUCAUUAUUUUGGCGCCAAAUUGCUUAUAUUUGACAGCCAUUCAUUUUUGGGGGGUUCCAAGGAUACAAAGCUUCCAAGAGAGGAUAACACUGCAGAAAAAGUGGCCAAUUCCAAAAGUCAAGCAUCUAAGUCCCCCGCAUUCACUGAUGAUGUUGGGAUUUCCUCAGGUGAAGCUGAGGCUUAUUCACCGAAUGCUACCGCUGCCUUGAACUCGCAGCCAAGAGCGGAAGCUGAUGCACCCUCCUCGGUGAAUGCAGCUAAGAACCAGUCAUUCAAAAUGGGCGAUAGAGUUAAAUUUGUUGGCCCAGCUUCAGGUGGUUCGUAUGCUAGCUCUGGAAGUAGGGGUCCUACUCCUGGAAUGCGGGGGAAGGUUUUUCUUCCAUUCGAAGAUAAUCCGGUGUCGAAAAUUGGUGUAAGAUUCGACAAACCGAUGCAAGAUGGGGUUGAUUUUGGAGGUAUUUGUGAUAAUGGUCAUGGCUUCUUCUGCAAUGCUGAUGAACUUCGUCCAGACAAUUCAGGGGCGGAGGAUUUGGACAAGUUGCUUAUUAACACUAUGUUUGAGACUGUAUUUGAAGUCAGCAGAGAGUUCCCUUUCAUUUUGUUUAUGAAAGAUGCCGAGAAGUCUAUGGCUGGAAAUUCAGAGUCAUAUGCUUUUUUCAAAUCCAAGCUGGAUAAACUUCCCGAUAAUGUUGUAGUUAUCGGCUCACACACUCAGAAUGACAGCCGCAAAGAAAAGUCUCAUCCUGGUGGUUUGCUUUUCACAAAAUUUGGCAGUAAUCAGACUGCUUUGUUGGACUUGGCUUUUCCGGAUAGUUUUGGAAGAUUGCACGAUAGGUCGAGGGAUGUUACAAAGGCAACCAAGCUCCUAUCCAAACUCUUCCCCAAUAAAGUGACAAUUCACAUGCCUCAGGAGGAGGCACUCCUAGUCAGUUGGAAGGAACAGUUGGAGCGAGAUGCGGAGACCUUGAAACUGAAAUCGAAUCUCAAUAAUCUCCGCACUGUUCUCAAUCGCAAUGGGCUUGCAUGUGAUGGACUUGAAACAUUAAGCCUCAAAGACCAAACACUGACUAAUGAGAGUGCUGAGAAGGUGGUGGGAUGGGCUUUAAGCCAUCAUCUGAUGACGAAUCCUGACGCUGAACCAGAUGGCAGGCUUGUUUUGUCUAUCGAGAGCAUUCAGUACGGAAUUGGAAUUGUACAUGCUCUCCAGAAUGAUUCCAAGGCUUCAAAGAAGUCUUUAAAGGAUGUUGUAACGGAGAAUGAGUUUGAGAAGAGACUUCUAGCUGAUGUCAUCCCUCCAAAUGAUAUUGGCGUGACAUUUGAUGAUAUUGGAGCGCUGGAAAAUGUUAAGGAUACACUGAAGGAGUUGGUUAUGCUUCCUUUACAACGGCCAGAACUUUUCUGCAAGGGACAGCUGACGAAGCCCUGCAAAGGCAUAUUGCUGUUUGGUCCUCCCGGGACGGGGAAGACCAUGCUGGCCAAGGCCGUAGCAACCGAAGCAGGGGCCAACUUCAUCAACAUUUCCAUGUCCAGCAUAACUUCGAAGUGGUUUGGGGAGGGUGAAAAGUACGUGAAGGCUGUUUUCUCGCUGGCUAGCAAAAUUGCACCCAGUGUCAUAUUCGUCGAUGAAGUCGAUAGCAUGCUCGGCCGAAGGGAGAACCCGGGGGAGCACGAGGCGAUGCGCAAGAUGAAGAACGAGUUCAUGGUGAACUGGGACGGGCUGCGCACAAAGGAAACCGAGCGGGUUUUGGUGCUUGCAGCCACCAACAGGCCCUUUGACCUCGACGAGGCUGUGAUCAGGAGGCUCCCCCGAAGAUUGAUGGUGAACUUGCCGGAUGCCCCGAACAGGGCGAAAAUUCUUAAGGUGAUAUUGGCGAAGGAGGACAUGUCUCCUAAUAUGGAUUUGGAUGCGAUUGCCGGGAUGACCGAUGGCUAUUCGGGAAGCGAUCUUAAGAAUUUGUGCGUGACGGCAGCCCAUCGACCGAUCAGGGAAAUCUUGGAGAAGGAGAAGAAGGAGCGGGAGGCUGCUAUGUCAGAGGGCAGACCAGCACCGCCGCUAAGCGGGAGUGCCGAUAUCCGUCCUCUAAACAUGGAGGACUUCAAAUUCGCACACGAUCAGGUCUGCGCGAGCGUUUCGUCGGAGUCGAUCAACAUGACGGAGCUCCUUCAGUGGAACGAGCUCUACGGCGAAGGCGGCUCCCGGAAAAAGAAGUCUCUCAGCUACUUUAUGUGAGAGGCUGCCUUGUCGGAGCCCCCCUGUGCAUCCUCCUCCCCCCCCCCCCCCCCCCCCCACCCUACCUGCCGGCGGUGUAUGUAAGAAUGUAUGUAGUAGUAAGUUUUGAUUAUGGAGGGCCUAAGGUUACUCUCUCUAAUUUUUAUGAUAUAUAUAUAUUUAUAUGUAUAUCGAUGAGAUGAAAUGGUGAAUGGAUUAGAGUGAGAGUGAGAGUGAGAGUGAGAAAGAGAAAGGAACAGAAAAUGAGAAUUGAGGGUUUGGUGUGUGCUCUGUUUUGGCCAUUAUUGAGGUUUAGGGAUGUCAUUAUCUAUUACUAACUACUACUACUACUACUACACUUGCUAUUGAUUGAUUGUAAUAAUUCUUAAUUGUCCAUUUCUGCUGCUGCCAGUGAAACAAUAAAAAUUAGUUUCAUUCUUAUGAUAACAGGAAAG